UCUGCUCAGCUCAGCUCAACAACCCAGCGCAGUCGUCUGAAUCAGUGUGCAUGAGUGUGUGCGCUUUCAGCAUUAGGGCCGAACAGAAGUGUAAGCGCAUCCGGACACAGGACAGCCAUGGCCCUGCUCGAUUUAGCAUUACAAGGCUUCUCCAUCUUCGGAUUUAUCCUAUUUAUCGUCCUCUGGCUCAUGCACUUCGUGUCCAUCAUUUACGUCCGUCUGCAUCUCAACAAGAAGGCCACAGACAAGCUACCAUACAGUAAACUGGCUGGGGUCUCGCUGCUGAAGCCUCUCAAGGGUGUGGACCCCAAUCUAAUAAACAAUCUGGAGACGUUCUUUGAGCUGGACUACCCCAAGUAUGAAAUUCUGCUGUGCGUUCAAGACCAUGAUGAUCCAGCCAUUGAUGUUUGUAAAAAGCUUCUGGGCAAAUAUCCCAAUGUUGACGCCAGGUUAUUUAUAGGGGGUAAGAAAGUGGGCAUCAAUCCCAAAAUAAAUAACCUCAUGCCAGCUUAUGAAGGGGCAAAGUAUGAACUCGUCUGGAUCUGUGACAGUGGCAUUCGAGUGAAGCCAGACACUCUGACUGAUAUGGCUAAUCAGAUGACGGAGAAGGUGGGACUGGUUCACGGCCUGCCGUAUGUGGCAGACAGACAAGGAUUUGCCGCCACAUUGGAGCAGGUAUAUUUUGGAACGUCCCAUCCUCGUUCCUACAUCUCGGCUAAUGUAACAGGAAUAAAGUGUGUCACGGGGAUGUCGUGUCUCAUGAGGAAGGACAUCCUGGACCAGGCUGGUGGGCUGAUCAAGUUCGCUCAGUACAUCGCUGAAGAUUACUUCAUGGCCAAGGCCAUCGCAGACAGAGGAUGGAAAUUUUCCAUGGCAACGCAGGUAGCCAUGCAGAAUUCAGGCUCAUACUCCAUUGCACAGUUCCAGUCACGCAUGAUCAGAUGGGCCAAGCUGAGAAUCAACAUGCUGCCAGCGACCAUCAUUGAGCCCAUCUCAGAGUGCUUUGUGGCCAGUCUUAUCAUUGGCUGGGCCGCCCAUCAUGUGUUCCGCUGGGACAUCAUGGUGUUUUUUCUGUGCCAUUGCCUGGCCUGGUUCAUUUCUGACUACAUCCAGCUCAGAGGAGUACAGGGCGGCCCUCCAUCCUUCUCUAAACUGGACUACGCUGUGGCCUGGUUCAUCAGGGAGUCCAUGACGAUUCAGAUUUUCUUGUCCGCAAUCUGGGACCCCACCAUCAGCUGGAGGGCGGGUCGCUACCGAUUGCGCUGUGGAGGUACAGCAGAGGAGAUUUUGGAUGUUUAGCGGACCACGUGCCAUGGACUAUGCACUGGUGACAAAAAAGAGAACUGAACUGCAAGAAAAAGCAGAUGGACAAAUGGACUGCAACCUGUUUUAUUCCAAAUUCAGAGUUUUUAAUCUGUGACUUUAGGUAGCUUCAAUAGGUUAUUUAUGUUCUUGGUGCUUUUGUUUUCAUGCGAGGACCUUGAAUUCUAGAUGAGCCAAAAUGUGUGAAGUAGUGGAGAAGAGAAACGAGAAAAUGAUGUCUGGUAAUGUGGCAGCACUUUGAUGGGACAUCAGAUUCCUGAUGAAAACACAUGUACAUUUUAGUUUUUUAGUUUUAAAUGUCUAGUGGUGAUGAACACCUCUGGAUAUGUAUCGUUACAUAUCCAUUUUAUCAUGUGUUUGGGUCAUUGGUAUGGCUUUUAACGAUAGUAAUAGCACAAAAGUGAUGUGGGGCUAAAGGAAUAGUUCACACAAACAUUUAAAUGAGCUCAUUUACUCGCCAUCAUUUCAUUCCAAACCUGGUUUUAUUUCUUCUGUGGAACACAAAAUGAGAAAUUAAGGAAUGUACUAGUACAUUUUUCAUGACAAAAAAUAGCUUUUAAGCUUAAAGUCGCAAAAGCACCAUAAAAGUGGAUCAUAUGUCCAAUAUUACAAGUCUUCUAAAGUCAUAUGAUAGCUUUGUGUGAGGAACAGACUGAAAUUUAAGUGAGUAUUUACUAAAAAUCUUGACAUUCGUCCUAGGUCUCCUCAGCGCAUUCAUGAGCGAAGUAGCGAUGUCCGGAUCUUAAACAAAACAAAAAGUCUGAAUUUUUUCAAUAAAUUGGAUGAUCUGGUUUAUUGAAUUGUUUACCAGUCGGACUUUGAGAUCUGUUUCUUGAGUUGAACUUCAAUGGGUUGCUGCAGUUCUUUAGUUAAUCUUCGCCCUCCAGUGAGCUGUUAUCAGUGAUUUCAUGACUUGAUUUUGACCUAUAAUAUGGGGCACUUUUAUGGUGCAUUAACAUUCUUUUUGAAGCUUGAAACCUCCAGUCCCCAAUCAUUGUAAUUGCACGGAAAAGAGCAGCCAGAACAUUCUUCAAAAUUCCUCCAUUUGUGUUCCACAGAAGAAAGUCAUAUAGGUUUGGAGCGAAGAUUUUCCUUUAAUAUGAUUGACUGAAGUGUUUUGAAAUGGCACUUGCCUAUGAAUGGAUCACUUGCUUAUCACAGUGUUGCUCUCAACAUAUAGCAGUCUUGCCAUAUUUUAUAAAUGUGUGGACAUCUGAAUGCUCAAAACGGAUCCACUCAGGUCCAUUUUAUGUUUACUAGGCAGAGCAAUAUCUUCUAUAGUGGGUGAGAUUAUACAUAGGGAACAGUGAUUCGUGUACAGUUACCACUGAUCUUUCUUCGAAACAUUGCUACGCUUGUAAAAUGCUUGAGAAAAAUUCUUUGCAUCCACCCUACAGUAUUUAAUCACAAGGUAUAACGGUUUAGGUUUAGCCUAAGUUACCCUCAACAUGAUAUUUGCAAAUAUAAUUGCAUAUCUUAUAAAAACAGAGUGCCAUUUGAAGAGCAAACAUAUUUAUCGUUAUAAUUUUGGCAUUUGCGAAAACACCAUGGUCUUUACCUUUUCUUGUAAGGCUUUACCUUCCCCUGCUUCAUUAUCUUGUGUAAAUGCACUAGUCCCACUCGUUCCAGGACCAGGGUGUGCUAAACACACAUUGGGCAUUUCCCUCCUGUGCCGUUCUUUGCCAGAGAAGUAUUUUCCUGCACAUAUUUUGACUUUUGUACUGGAUAGAAGUGAGAUGAACUCUAAAUUGUCCAAACAUUUCAUCCAAUGGCAUUUCAGUUACCCAUUUAAGCUGAUUUUCAAUGUCGUGAUGCAAGAGCUUGAGAACUUUGUUUAUAUGUAACUCAAUAUUUUGAGUUGCCGCAAUUCGGCACGAUAUCGCAGCCGAAAUGAUUAAAUAACCGGCAGGAGUUUGUCGACAGGUUUACGCAUGGAUUCAUUUCAAAAACUCAAGUUGGAUAGUGUUCCUUUUGACUUUUGUAAUUCCCCAAUGUUUACGUAAACACGGUUGAAGGAAUAUUUAGCAAAAAAAGAAAAUUCUGUCAUCUAUUCACUGUUAUGUUGUUCUAGUUGUUUUUUUCACAGAAGAAAGUCGCAUAGGUUUGGAAUGAUACGAGGAUGAGUAAAGAUGGAAUUUUCAUUUUUGGACGAACUAUCCCUUUAACGUUGCAAACAGUCAAACAACAAACAGGAAUUAAUUGGCAGACUUCUCUCUCAUCUUCCCCUUUUUGCCCCGUAGUCGUAUCUUAAGGAACUGCUUGUUUCUGUCAAGCCCUGUACGUAGUGCCAGCGCUAUUGUCGAAAAACCACUCAGUCUGUAUUGUCCUCAUUCUUUGAAACUGUUGCUUGUCUUCAUGUGUUCGUGAUUCACUUUUUCAUCGUGAAGUACCCAUGCCAACACUGGCAGUAUUGUUUUACACAUAAUCUACUCAUUCACAGGGAUUCUCAAACCGUAGUGUGUGAUUCAGGGCAAACAUAUUGGCAUGUGCCUUGAUAUAUUCCAUCAGCUGCCAUUUAGAUUUCUCCUUUCAGAGUUAUAAGCACUGUUUUAGCCCAAUGCCAAAUUCUCGAACUAUUAUAAGAAGUAUUGAUUUGUCAUUUCUAAUUUGAAUUAAUUUGUUCUGGUGAAAUCUUUGGGCUAACUAUUGAAAAUAAACUGUGUUUUGUGCAUAAGGCCAGGAAAAGUAUGCCAAUUGACCAUAACAUGGCAGUUGAAGUAUUAAGAGGUAGGGAUUAAUCAAUCGGCAAUAAUGAGAUUUUCAGUUUGAAUGAGUAAUACUAGGUUCAGACUGUGAAAAACAAAUAAAAAAUUUGCUUCCAAAAUCCAUUUCUGGGCUAAUCUCACAAAAUCUUUUCCAUUUUUUUCAUUAAGAAUUUAUUUAUUUUAUAUAUUAUUUUUUUUUAUUUUUUAUUUAGACAUUAUUUUCAUAAGAAUUAAGUGUAUUUUACCCCCAAACUUUUUGUGUUUGCCAUUAUUCUAAAUGGUGAUUGCAUUUUUUUUAACAUAAAAAAAAUCACCAUAUAUUUGAGGCAGUACAACAAAUACUACUUAUACAUGAAUACUUGUAUAUGUAUAGUAAUCUAAUAAUCAGAAUGAGGAAAAAAAAUGGGGAAAGUGCUUGAUUGUCAUGAAAAUAAUAUCCAUCACAAUGCAAAAAAAAACGACCUAAACAUAUUUACAAGUUUUGCGAAAUUCACCCUUCUAUUUCUGGAUUUGGUUUAAUAAACAUUUCAUAUUGGUCACUGCUUCAGAUGAAUUGUACCUCCUGUAAACAAUGGGCCUCUUUCUGAUGCAUUGAAUUUAAGGAUGUAUUCAGUAAACCAUUCUUUUUUUUUUUAGGUCUUUUUACUGGGAUAGGGAAAGUAGAGAGGUGACAGGAAAUGAGAGGGAGAAGAGUGGGAAUAGGAUCAGGAAAGGACCUCAAGAGCUGGGACUCAAACUCGGGUCACCCACGAUGCAUCAGCACAACAUGUCAUGAGCGCAGCCCGCUAGGCUAUGGCUCUGACUAGUAAGCCAUUCUAGAUUCGCUAAACUAAAAAUACUGUUCAUAUUUUCUUCAAAGCCAUUUUUGCGCGAAUUGUUGCAUUUGAAUUGAAGGAUUUAUUUGGUAAACCAUUCCUGAUUCGCGAAGAAAAAAUACUUUUUCAGAUUUCGUUCGCAAAACCAUUCUUACCUAAAUUAUCGCAUUGAAUUGAAGGCUUGAUUUCGGUAAACCUUUCUUGUUUUAUAAAACUAAGAAUACUUUUCAGAUUUUGUUCGCAAAGUCACUCUUGCAUAAAUUAUCGCAUUGAAUUUAAAGAUUUAUUCGGUAAACCAUUCUUGAUUUGCUAAGCUAAAAACACUUUCAGAUUUCAUUCUCAAAACCAUUCUUGCAUAAAUUAUCACACUGAAUUGAAGGUUUGAUUUGGAAAACAUUUCUUGUUUCGCUAAACAAAGAAUACUUUUCAGAUUUUGUUUAUUAAACCAAUUUUGUGGAUAUUGUUGCAUUAAAUGUAUGGGGUUUAUUUGGUAACUGUUCUUGUUUUGCCGAGCUAAGAAUAAUUUUCAACAUUUUGUUCGCAAAGUCACUCUUGUGUAAAUUGUUGCAUUGAAUUGAAGGGUUAAUUCAGUAAACCAUUCUUUUUUUGCUAAACUAAGCAUACUUUUUCAGAUUUUGUUCAUAAAUUGUUGCAUUCAUUUAGAAGUUUAUUUGGUAAACUGUUCUUGUUUUGCUGAACUAAGAAUACUUUUAGAUAUUGUUUGCAAAGCCAUUCUUGUGUAAAUUUAUUAUUUUAUUUUUUUUUUGGAAUGCCCAAUUCCCAAUGUGCUCUUAAGUCCUCGUGGUGGCGUAUUGACUCGCCUCAAUCCGGGUGGCGGAGGAUGAAUCUCAGUUGCCUCCGCAUUUGAGACCAUCAAUCCGCGCAUCUUAUCACGUGGCUUGUUGAGCGCGUUACCGCAGAGAUAUAGUGCGUGUGGAGGCUUCAUGCCAUCCACCACGGCAUCCACACACAACUCACCACGCGCCCCACUGAGAGCGAACCACAUUAUAGCGAUCACGAGGAGGUUACCCCGUGUGACUCUACCCUCCCUAGCAACUGGGCCAAUUUGGUUGCUUAGGAGACCCAGCUGGAGUCACUCAGCACGCCUGUAAAUUGUGGUAUUGAAUUUAAGAUUUUAUUUACCAAACCAUUCUUGAUUUACUGAACUGAGAAUGAUUUUCAGAUUUUGUUUGCAAAGCCAUCUUAUGUAAAUUGUUGUAUUUGAAUUGAGUGCGUCGGUUUACGAAAAAAUGGUUUUCAAAUGAUUUACACAAAUUCGUUCUGCUUAUUUUUCAUUAACAAGGCUCAUUGUGAUGUGGCUCAACAACAUUUGUCAAAUUUAAUGAACCAUAACAUUAUAUUGUUUUUCAUUGUGGUAACGCCUCUUACGCCAUAGUAGAAACAAUUGGCUAGCGGUAUGGUUAUGGUUAGGAAAGGGGAAGGCUGCAUUUUCUGCAAAUAUCCAAGUUCCUCUGACUUUCAAACUAUAUCUGCUGGUUUUUAUUUUUAUGUAUGUAAAAUAUUGAGUCAAUAUGUAACUUGUAAAUUCACUUCUUUAACAAAGUCUAAUGCACUGUAAAAUUCCUGUUUAGACUUUUCCCUCUCUGUGUGAAUGCGAAAGAGUGUGUGUUUGCAGAAAUAUGUUUAUGGCCUUUUUUUGAUAUGUCGAACUUGAAUGGAUUGUAUUAUCAUGAUGUUUUGUGGGGAACUGGACUUUUUUUCCAUACGUGUACAAUUGUAUGUUUAUCAAUAGAUUAACAUGUUUUAGCAAAGACCGGUGGCCUGUAUGGUGACCAUGAGAACACUUGUAGCCGUUUUAAACAUGCCAACCUGAGUCGGUGGUUGCCUUUAUUCAAACACAAACUAAAUAGUGUGCCAUUAGUAAAACAAGCAGUCUACGGAUUUCACUUCCGUCUACAUGAACAGCACUGUAUUGUGCGCCAUUUUCAAAGUGUGCAUUUGAUACAAAAUGGAUAUGUUUCCAAACCAAGUGAGCUGCCCUUUUAAGGCAUUACAGGCGUGUUUGAACGGGAUUUGACAGCUCAGAUGUGCACUUAUAAUGCCCAAAAGUGCUGUCUAGAUAGGAAGCACACUUUGUUUUCAGACACAGCCAAUAUGAGUCUUAAGUGUCAUAUCCUCUAACAUUUCCACAUUUCAGUCUAAUUGAAAUCACAAUAAACUAAACAGCCAAGACAAACUACUGCGACAUGUUUACCAUACGGUCAGUGGUCACAUUAGAGAAAAAAGUCUAGUUGUGAUCCACUGCUUUUAUUUUAUGUGGAAAAUAAAAAAGUAAACAAAAAAAAUGUUAAAUUUUUUAAAGAAUAUGUACAGGUUAUUUAUGAAGUUUGGUUGAUAACCGUUGUGUUCAUUGCUUCAUGCGGCUUAAUUGAUCAAAGUUGUACAUUUUGUUCCUCGGCAAUGUGAAAGUAUGGGUGGACAAACUUCAGUUUUUCAAUCUUUUGUGUUCAUUUUUUGUAGAUGUUUGUUGUACUCUUGAUGCUGAAUGCCUAAUCCACAGCUGGAAACUGUGUUAUUACAGAUAAAUUAAAGCUUUAUCAAGCAAUA